AAAACGAAAAUCGUAAAAAUAACGCAACUUCACCACCACCACCACCACUACCAGCGGCGCACCUCACUCUCCCGCGCGCACGAAAACCUCAGACCCGUAAACCCUAUCGGAGGAGUGGAAUUUCCUGGUCUGGUCAUGGAUACUUGGGAUCCGACGACAAAGUCAACCUUGACUCAAAUCCCUUUGCUGUCGGUGAAAGCCGGGCCACGCGAUGGCGGCGCGUGGACGCAACGCCUGAAGGAAGAAUACAAGGCGCUGAUCACCUACACCUCCAUGAACAAGUCGAAGGACAACGACUGGUUCCGGAUCUCCGCCGCCAACCCCGAGGGGACGCGAUGGACCGGUAAAUGCUGGUAUGUACACAAUUUGCUCAAGUACGAAUUCGAUUUGCAGUUCGAUAUACCGGUGACCUAUCCCGCCACUGCACCCGAAAUUGAGCUGCCUCAGCUCGACGGAAAGACCCAAAAGAUGUAUAGAGGAGGGAAGAUAUGUUUGACGGUGCAUUUCAAGCCGCUGUGGGCGAAAAACUGUCCUAGAUUUGGAAUAGCGCAUGCUCUUUGUUUGGGGCUAGCACCGUGGCUUGCAGCAGAAAUUCCGAUUCUUGUUGAUUCUGGCAUGGUUAAGCACAAAGAUGAUGCUGCAUCUUCGGCUGAAUCUUCGUGAGUAACCAACCCUUCUUGUAGAGACUGAAAUAAUUAUGCCUGAAACUUUGAGAGUUCUUGAUUAAACUUAUCUGUUAAGCUUGGUGUAGAACUUAUACUUUUUGGCGAAUAAAUAUCGAAAAAUUGUGAUGUUAGGUUUCUUAUACCAUCAAUUUGGUACUUGUUUUUUUUUCUUUCUCCGUUUUUCUUCCUUGUUUUGGUGCAUAUUUUAAACUUC